AAAUUCAGAAGCAGCCUGCCAGGCACUGGAGCCCAAAUGAAGACCCCAGCCCCUGCCCGUGCCUGCGGCAUCCGGCUGGCCCUCCUCUCGCUGCUGGCUGUCCUCCAGACCACCUGUGCCCAAAAGGAUGGCAUCGACAUCUACAGCCUCACUGUGGACUCCAAGGUCUCAUCCCGGUUCGCCCACACGGUCAUCACCAGCCGGGUGGUCAACAAAGCCGAUGCUGCACAGGAGGCCACCUUCCAGAUAGAGCUGCCCAAGAAAGCCUUCAUCACCAACUACUCUAUGAUCAUCGACGGCGUGACCUAUCCAGGGAACAUCAAGCAGAAGGAAGCAGCCCAGGAACAGUACAGUGCAGCCGUGGCCAGAGGAGAGAGCGCUGGCCUUGUCAAGGCCACUGGGAGAAAGAUGGAACAGUUCCAGGUAUCGGUCAGCGUGGCUCCCUCUGCCAAGGUCACCUUCCAGCUGGUAUAUGAGGAAUUGCUCAAGCGGCAACUGGGGAUGUACGAGCUGCUGCUGAAAGUCCGGCCCCAGCAGCUGGUCAAGCACCUGCAGAUGGACAUUCACAUCUUUGAGCCUCAAGGCAUCCGCUUUCUGGAGACAGAGAGCACCUUCAUGACCAAUGAACUUGAAGAGGCCCUCACCACCUCCGUGAACCAGACCAAGGCUCACAUACAGUUCAAGCCGACACUCUCCCAGCAACAGAAGUCUCCGGAGCAACAGGACACAGUUGUGGAUGGCAACUUCAUCGUCCGCUAUGAUGUGAACCGGACCCUCUCUGGAGGCUCCAUUCAGAUCGAGAAUGGCUACUUUGUGCACUACUUUGCCCCCGAGGGCCUGUCCACGAUACCCAAGAAUGUGAUCUUUGUCAUCGACAAGAGUGGCUCCAUGAGUGGCAAGAAAAUGCAGCAGACCCGGGAAGCCCUAAUCAAGAUCCUAGAGGACCUCAAGCCCACAGACCAGUUCAACCUCAUUAGCUUCAGCGGGCAAGCGACCCAGUGGAAGCCUUUGCUGGUGCCAGCUUCAGCUGAGAACGUGAAGGAGGCCAAGAGCUACACUGCCAGCAUCCAAGCCAGCGGAUCGACCAACAUAAACGAUGCGAUGCUGAUGGCCGUGGAGCUGCUGAAGAAAGCCACCCGGGAGGAGCUGCUGUCCUCAGAGAGCGUCUCUCUCAUCAUCCUUCUCACUGAUGGCGACCCCACCGCUGGCGAGACCAACCCCACGGAGAUCCAGAAGAACGUGAAGAAUGCCAUAGACGGCCAGUACAGCCUCUUCUGCCUGGGCUUCGGCUUCGACGUCAGCUUCGCCUUCCUGGAGAAGAUGGCUCUGGAAAACGGCGGCCUGGCUCGGCGCAUCUACGAGGACUCGGACUCUGCCCUGCAGCUGCAGGACUUCUUCCAGGAAGUGGCCAACCCACUGCUCACAGCGGUGAGCUUCGAGUACCCGAGCAACGCCGUGGAGGUCACGCAGGACAACUUCCGGCUGUUCUUCAAGGGCUCCGAGAUGGUGGUGGCUGGGAAGCUCCAGGGCCAGAGCCCCGAUGUGCUCUUCGCCAAAGUCCGUGGGCAGCUGCCCAGGCAGAACCUCACCUUCCAAAUGGAGUCCAAGGUGGCAGAGCAGGAGGAGGAGUUCCGAAGCCCCAAGUACAUCUUCCACGGCUUCAUGGAGAGGCUCUGGGCGUACCUGACCAUCCAGCAACUGCUGGAGAAAAUGGUUUCUGCGUCAGAUGCUGAGAAGCAGGCCCUCGAGACCCAAGCCCUGGGCUUGUCGCUCAACUACAGCUUUGUCACCCCCCUCACGUCCAUGGUGGUCACCAAACCUGAAGGCCAGGAACAGUCUCAGGUUGCCGAGAAGCCCGUGGAAGAUGAAAAUGAAAAUGAACACAGGAGAUUUUACUCACGUAAGGGCCUAAUAACCUCGAAGGCUGGUCUUGGUGACAGUUGUCUGAUACAGGACCUAGGACACCAGUCCCACACGGUCACCAACUCAUCAGAAAUAAAGGCUUGGGAUACAGAGGACCCGUACUACCAGGUAGGGAAGGAGGACAAGGGGGAAGGGGAGAUUGACAGCACCUUGGCCCUGGCCACAGACUGUGGCUUACUGGGCUCACCGCAAACAAGCCCAACAACCCCACCAGCAGCCCCCAUCCAGGCUCCUGCCGUCAUCCUGCCCCUGCCUGGGCAGAGCGUGGACCAGCUCUGUGUGGACAUCAAGCACUCUCAGGAGCCAAUGAACCUGCUCUCAGACCCUGAGCAAGGGCUCGAGGUGACGGGCCAGUAUGAGAUGAAGAAGGCCCAGUUCUCAUGGAUCAAGGUGACCUUCAAGCAGCCCCAGCUGCAGGUCUACGCGUCUCCUGAGCACGUGGUAGUGACUCGGAACCAAAGAAACUCUGAGUACAAGUGGAAGGAAACGCUGUUCUCGGUGAUGCCCGGCCUCAAGAUGACCAUGGACAAGGAGGGGCUCCUGCUGCUCAGCAGCCCAGACAAAGUGACCAUCGGCCUGCUGUCCUGGAAUGGCCCUAGGCAGGGCAUUCGACUGCUUCUGCAGGACACUAACCGCUUCUCCAGCCACGUUAACGGGACCCUUGGCCAGUUUUACCAGGAUGUGCUCUGGGAACCCUCAGCCGCAGAUGACAGCAAGCGAACACUGAGGGUUCAGGGGCAGGACCAUCCCGCCACCAGAGAGCUCAAGCUGGAUUAUCAACAGGGGUACCCAGGAACAGAGAUUCCCUGCUGGUGUGUGGAGCUCUAGUCCUGAUGGGAGGAGUGAU